AUGAGCCCCCUGCAGCCAGGACCCCUGUGCCCAACGCUGGCUCAGCUCAUAGAAGAGCCUGAAAUCCGCUGCGCCUCCCCCACCCCGAGUGGGGACUCGGGCCAGACGCUCGUGCUCUCGUUGAGCCCUCACAGCAACCGACUCUUGUCGAGUUACACCUGUCGCUCUGGGGGCUGCAAGGGCAGAAGCAGCCCAGAGCACUGGGCCCCACGUGGGUGCCAACCAGGCCCCACACCGCAGCCCAGGGUGCGCUCACUGUCUGUGCCUCAGGAGCCCCUGCGCCGCAUGGCAGUGGCCAGGGGCACCCAGCAAAAGAUGUUGGGCAUCUACCUGGCCCGGUCCUGGCUGCAGGCCCCGGGGCAGCUGCAGAGGCCCAGCUUCUCUGCCAUGCCGGUGCUGGCUAGCCCAGCAGCCACGGCAGCCUGCCGCCGCUAUGUGGGCUGUCACCUCAACCGCACCUUCACCAGCACCUUCCUCACUGCCAGGCCUCACCCAGAUGACCCGUAGGAGGUGACAAGAGCCCGAAAGCUGAAUCAUUUGCUGGGGUCCAAGGCCUCAGGCCAGGCCUUUGAUUUCAUCCUCGACCUGCACAACACCACGGCCAACAUGGGCACCUGCCUCGUCCUGGGAGCCGCCCACAGUGUCUUUGCCAUGCACCUGUGCCGCCACCUGCAGGAUGCCCUCCCGAAGCUGUCCUGCCAGGUCUUCCUGUACCAGUUGCCUGGAGAAGAUUACAGCGUCCACUCUGUGGCCAAGAACGGAAUGGGCCUGGAGCUUGGUCCCCAGCCUCAGGGGGUGCUGCUACGGGCUGACCUUUUCACCAGGGUGAAUGACUUCAUUGAGCAGUUCAACCAGGCGUCCUGCCUGGGCACAGCCUUCCCUGCCUUUGAGAUGGAGGUGCACAGAAACGUGGUCAGUGUGGGUGUCCCACGCACUGAGGCCAGGGACCUGGCCGGCACUGUGCACCCUCAGCUGCAGGGGUGUGACUGAGACUACGAGCCGCAGCAGCCCGGUGCUCCCAUCUUCCAGAUGCUCAGUGGCGAGGACCAGCUCUGUGAGGGGGAGUCCACCGUGUACCCCGUGUUCACCAGCGAGGCUGCCUACCACGAGAAGGGCAUGGCCUCCCUCCGGACUGAGAAGCUCACGCUCUCUGCGCCUGCCCUGCCUGCAAUGGCCCCGCCCCAGCCCCCUAACCCAGGCCAUGCCCACCUCCCCUCUGAACACUGCCACGCCGCCUCCUGCUAUUGA